AUGAUAGGGGGCGCACGGCUCCGGCUUAAGGGGUGGCAGCAAGCGGCCGUCGCAGUCGGAUCAGCGGUUGGGGCGUUAUUGGACCCACGGAGAGCCGAUUUGAUAGCUGCUCUUGGAGAAACAACUGGUAAGCCCGCAUUCGAAAGUGUGCUCCAGAGGAUGAAGAAGAAUCCAGAAGGCAGGUCUGUGUUAUUAGAGCGGCCUCGAGUUAUCUCUGCCAGUGUGAGCCAUGCAUGGGACCUCCCGCCGAACACGUUUGGUGCUGCCUACGCAAAUUUCAUGGGAUCCAGAAACUUCUCCCCAGACGAGCGGCCGCCCGUCCGUUUCAUGGAAACUGAAGAAAUAGCCUAUGUUGCCACGCGUGCACGCGAGGUACACGAUUUUUGGCACACCCUUUUUGGGUUGCCCACAAAUUUGAUUGGCGAGUCUGCUCUGAAGGUGAUAGAAUUCGAGCAAAUGCUACUCCCUAUGUGCGCACUAUCAGUUGUGGGGGGCAGCUUGAGAUUUAGCGAGAAACAGAGGGAAUUGUUCUAUCAACAUUACUUCCCAUGGGCACUCAAAGCCGGUGUGAGAUGUACAGACUUGAUGAGCGUGUAUUACGAGCGCCAUUUUCAUGAGGAUUUGGAGGAUUUCCGUCGGAAGUUGGGGAUUAUUCCUGCUCUUCCAUUGUUACGGUCGGCCUGA